AUGGCUGAGCUAACAAACAGAGACAACAAGAGUACUUUGAAGCCAGAUGUGGUUGUAUCAAUCGAUAAAGGAUCUUUGAGUGGUUAUGUUGAUGAUAUCGCAGAUGUUCCUAAUUUUUUGAAUAUUGAUCAUCAAAAGUUACUAAGAAAACUUGACCUUCGCAUCAUUCCUGGUGUGACCAUUCUUUUUCUACUAUCCUUUAUUGAUAGAGGAAACAUCGGGAACGCAAAGAUCGCAGGAUUGGCAACAGACUUAAAUCUCGUGGGUAAUCAGUGGAAUAUUGUCUUGACAGUAUUUUACUUCACUUACUGUGCUUUUGAAAUUCCGUCAAACAUGUUGAUUGCAAAAUUCAGACCGUCUAUUCUUUUGCCUGCGACCAUGAUCCUGUGGGGGAUUGUCAUAACAUUGACUUCUCUAGUACAAAGCUACCAUCAACUGAUUGUCCUGAGAUUACUUCUUGGUUUAACCGAAGCCGGGCUCUACCCUGGUGUUGUUUACUAUCUAACCCAGUGGUAUACGAAAAGAGAUCUCCAGUUUCGUCAAGCUAUGUUUUUUGCGGCUGCCAGUGCAGCAGGCGCUUUCUCAGGAUUGUUGGCCUACGGCAUAGGCUUCAUGGAUGGUAUUGCGGGACUGAGGGGGUGGAGAUGGAUUUUUCUCAUUGAGGGUCUGCUUACCAUCGUUGUAGCCGCAGUAAUUUUUUUCCUAGUGUACGACUACCCCGAUACUGCCAGCUUUCUCACCGAGGAAGAGCGAGAGUAUAUUCUUUACAAGCUGGCUCACGACUUUCAUACCAGCGCUUCAAUCGACCCAAAGGUUGUAGCAGAAGUCUAUGCAAAGAAACAUAAGUCUGCUUUGAAAGCCGCUCUCACCGAUUGGCAACUGCCAUGCCAUAUCCUGGUUCAUUGGUCUUUGGUUACAACCCUCUACACAGUCUCAUUCUUCCUCCCUUCUAUUGUGAAAAAUUUAGGUUACACCCAGGCAAACGCGCAAUUGAUGACAGUGCCCCCAUACAUAGCCGCUGUCGUAUUUUCUAUGCUGACUGCGUAUUUCUCAGACAAACUCAACUUGCGUUCACCGUUCAUCAUAUUUAUCAAGCUGCGAUGAUUAUUGGGUAUAUACUCGCCAUGAGUAUGGACGUGAGGAAGAACCCCGGAGGGGUCUACGCUGGAAUGUUUUUGGCAGUUGUUGGUUCUUACUCAGCUUUUCCUGGAAUGAUCUCAUGGCUAGCCAUCAACUUAGCUGGACCUUAUAAGCGGAGUACCGGCAUUGGAGCACACAUUGCUUUUGGAAAUAUGGGCAGCACCUUUGCCACUAAUUAUUUCCGUACUAAAGACGCUCCUAGAUAUACGCUGGGCUAUGGCCUGUCAAUCAUGUUUAUCUUUAUCGGCAUGUGUUCUCUGGUAUUCAUCAACUGGAGGUACCUUUCAAUAAACAAAAAGAGGGAAAGACAGUUGGCCGACGGUUUAUACGAUGAUGUAUCGCCCAGAGAAAUCCUAGAAAUGGGUGACAGAAGU